GCACAUCACCUACAGCCUCUGCGCGCAGCAGUAGCAUUCCAUUCCCCGAGUCAGUUGCGCGUUACAACGCGACGCGUGCAUGGCGGCGAGCCUCCUGUCCCACGUCGUCUCCGACCUCUGCAUCGGCAGGCCGAAGGUGCUCACGCUGACGCCGUCCACCCCCGUCGCCGCCGCACUCGCCGCACUCCGCGCCGGAGCCGACCCAUUCGCCUUCGUGGACGCUGAACCAUCCUCCCGCGCAAAGAGGGGAGCAGCCACGGCGUACGUGAAGGUCAGCGUCGCGGGCAUCCUCUGCUACGUCUGCGGCGACGCGGGAAACCUCGGCGACCCCGCGGCCGCACUCAGCCGGCCCGUGUCCGCGAUCGCAGCAGUCGUUGGUGGCGUCGCCCACCGAGUGGACCCUCAGACAAGCCUGCUUGACGCCAUUGACGUGUUGCUGACCGACGGCUGCCAAGGCCUGCUCGUUCCUCUCCAUGCGCGCGCCCGUAGGAAGCAUCACCAUGUCCCCUCCUCCGAUGCCGUAACGGCAGCCGAGUACUGCGUGUUGACGCAACAGGACAUCGCUCGCCAUCUCUUCGGCUCCAUCUCCCACUUCUCCCCGGUCGCCGCGCUCACCGUCGCCUCCCUCGGCCUCGUCCGCCGCGACGUGCACGCGGUCCACGUCGACGACGACGCGCUCGACGCGAUUCCGCUCCUGCGGAGAUCCAUCUCGGACGGCACGGCAGUGGCUGUCAUCGCCGACGACGACGCAUUGGUCCGCGAGAUCUGCCCCGGCGUGCUCGGCUCGUGUGACGUCGAGUCGGUGUCCGCUGCCUUCGCUGCUCUCUCUGCUGGCGACGUCAUGACGUACAUCGACUGCUCUCUGUCGCAGACAUCGCCGGAGUUCCCGCUUCGCGCCGUCAGAGCCCAGCUCAAGGACAGGGGUCUCGACGCCAUGGCCGAGCUCAUGGACACUUGGAACGCUGCUUCUGCGCCCUUCUCCCCAUCGUCGUCAUCGUCUUCGACAUCGUCCGACGAGGAGUCAACGUUGGGACGCGCACGGAGACCAAGGAGGGUUUUGUCGGGGAGCUUCGGGUGGCGGUCGACGGAGGACGUGGUAGCAUGCCAUGCCGGGAGCUCGCUGGUGGCCGUCAUGGCCCAGGCGCUCGCGCACCGAGUCGGGUACGUCUGGGUCGUCGACGAGGCCAGCGGCGCGCUUGUCGGAGUCGUGAGAUUUGCCGAUGUGCUCUCCGUGCUCCAAGAGCAUCUCCGUCCCUAGGUGCCAUGCAGGUGAACAGCGAUCUGCGUAUUAGUGAUUGGGAGUGCGUUCAGCUAAAGAUCUCCCAUGACGAGUAUUAUAUUUCCUUUCUUUGGUUCUGCCAAAUUCGAACAGAGGAAAAACUUUGUUU